UAACAAUUAAAUUAAUAAUCAAGGAGCAUCAGGCCUAGGUUCUGGUUUAGCAAAAUGCAUUAAUCUCUCAAAUUUGACACUUGAACUUUAUAGAAAUAAAAUUGGUGCAAUGGGUGCAUCAGGCCUAGGUUCUGGUUUAGCAAAAUGCAUUAAUCUCUCAAAUUUGACACUUUACCUUUCUAGAAAUUAAAUUGGUGCAAUGGGUGCAUCAGGCUUAGGUUCUUCUUUAGCAAAUUGCAUUAAUCUCUCUAAUUUGACACUUUACCUUGGUAACAAUUAAAUUGGUGAUGAAGGUGCAUCAGGCCUAGGUUCUGGUUUAGCAAAAUGCAUUAAUCUCUCAAAUUUGACACUUUACCUUUAUGAAAAUUAAAUUGGUGCAAUGGGUGCAUCAGGCUUAGGUUCUGGUUUAGCAAAUUGCAUUAAUCUCUCUAAUUUGACACUUUACCUUUCUAACAAUUAAAUUGGUGAUGAAGGAGCAUCAGGCCUAGGUUCUGGUUUAGCAAAAUGCAUUAAUCUCUCAAAUUUGACACUUUAACUUUGUUACAAUUCAUUUCGUGAUGAAGGUGCAUCAGGCUUAGUUUCUGGUUUAGCAAAAUGCAUUAAUCUCUCAAAUUUGACACUUAACCUUAAGUAAAAACAGUUUAUUUGUUUUGGAUUGUGA